GUGAACAUUUUGAGUUAAUAAAUGAAGUCGAUGGAAUGGGUUGUACGUGUUCUUCCUGUUCCAUUACAGAGGCGUCGGUUUUCGACUGAUGCAAAUAUAACGAAGCUGUUCAACAAAUACGUCGACAGGACGGAUGUCUUCUCUUGGAAUUCCGUCAUCGCCGAAUUGGCUCGCGGCGGCGACUCGGUGGAGGCUCUCAGGGCUUUCUCCUCCAUGCGAAAAUCUGGCAUUAAACCGAACCGUUCAACUUUUCCCUGCGCGAUUAAAUCCUGCUCGGCGCUGCGCGAUCUCAGCUCGGGGAAGCAAGCGCACCAGCAGGCGUUGGGAUUUGGUUACGGCUCCGACAUUUUCAUCACGUCCGCCCUGAUCGAUAUGUACUCUAAAUGCGGGCGAUUGGAGGAUGCACGCAAUGUGUUCGACGAAAUUCCUCUGAGAAAUGUAGUUUCCUGGACCUCGAUGGUUAACGGCUAUGUUCAAAACGACUUUCCCCGAGAAGCAUUACUGCUUUUCAAAGAAUGGUUGGCCAAGGAAAGCGAUGGCAAUGUCGACGAGGAAGGGUUCAUCGACGGGGCUGCCAUGGUUUCAGUCUUGUCUGCCUGUUCAAGUGUCGGCGAGAAGAAUGUCACGCGGGCUGUUCAUGGAUUCGUAGUUAAAAAAGUACUAGAAGAGGUUCUCAACGUCGGAAACACAUUGAUCGAUGCGUAUGCGAAGUCGGGUUUGGUGGAGAUCUCGCGGGAAGUAUUCGAACAAAUGAGCAACAAGGAUUUAGUUUCUUGGAAUUCUAUGAUCGCCGUGUUUGCGCAGAGCGGAUUCGCUGCCGAGGCGAUAGGAUUGUUCCGGUCGAUGAUUAGCUGCGCUGAGAUCGAUUACAACGAUGUGACACUGUCGGCUGUGUUGUUAGCCUGCGCGCAGCAUUCGGGAGUUCUUCGAAUAGGCAAAGGCGUACACGUUCAGGUUAUAAAGAUGAACCUCGAGCGAAAUGUAGUCGUCGGAACUUCCAUAAUCGACAUGUACUCCAAAUGUGGGCGAGUUGUGACAGCGAGGAAAGCAUUCGAUCGAAUGAACGUAAAAAAUGUGAAGUCAUGGUCGGCUAUGAUCGCCGGCUACGGAAUGCACGGCGAAGCGAAAGAAGCCCUCGCCGUACUAUCGGACAUGAUCGCGGCGGGAAUAAAACCGAACACCGUAACUUUCGUCUCGGUCCUCUCCGCCUGUUGCCACGCCGGCCUGGUCGACGAGGGAUGGCACUGGUUUCACGCAAUGCAGCACAGAUUCGACAUCGAACCGAUCGCGGAACAUUACGGUUGCAUGGUUGAUCUCCUCGGCCGUGCCGGGUAUCUUCAAAAGGCUUACGAUCUGAUCGCAGAGAUAAAGAUUAGGCCCGAUCCGGUGAUUUGGAAUUCAUUAUUAGCGUCGUGCAGGAUACACAAAAACGUCGAGCUCGGCGAGGUCGCUGCUGCGAAGCUGCUCGAGAUGGAUCCGAAGAACUCAGGAUAUUACACGUUGCUAUCGAACAUUUACGCGGACGCUGGAAAAUGGGAGGACGUGAAGAGAAUCCGAACACUUAUGAAAAACCACGGCGUCGCGAAGGCCCCAGGAUUCAGUGUUGUCGAGCUUAAAGGUCGGAUGCAUAUAUUUCUCGUCGGGGACAGGCAACAUCCGCAGUAUGAGAAAAUCUACGCGUUCUUGGAAGAAUUAUCGAUGAAACUUAUGGAAGCUGGGUAUGUGCCGAGUGUCGACUCGGCACUGCACGAUGUCGACGAAGAGGAGAAGGGAAUGUUGCUGCAGAUUCAUAGCGAGAAGCUCGCCGUCGCUUUCGGGAUUAUGAACUCGCCGGCCCGGACAGCCAUCCAGGUGACGAAAAAUCUUAGGACUUGUGAAGAUUGUCAUACGAUGAUUAAGCUGACAUCGAAGAUUGCAGAACGUGAAAUUGUGAUGAGGGAUCCUAAAAGGUUUCACCAUUUCAAGAAAGGGGAGUGUUCUUGUGGGGAUUAUUGGUAAUAUUUGUGAAUAUGUGUUUUUUGAGAUAGUAAUGUGAUGAAGUUAUCUAUUUCAGUUUCUGAGACUUUUUAGUUUGUAGAAUCUGGAAAAGAUGCAGCAUUCAUGUUUUUGAGGUUUGUAGUUUGUAAUAAGGAGUUAAAUUUUUUGUUUUUUUAUAACGAAGGGGUUAAU